AAAUUAUCGAACAGUACCAUACAAUCCAGCACGCCAACUUCCACUUCAUUCCUCAACAGCUCUCAAGUCGUCUGCACCAAAGACUGCUGAACAGGACGAGCUGCGUGUGGAAGAUGUUUCUCGUUCAGAAAAUCCACUCUCUCCGCUCCACUGGGAACAGACAAAUCGGCAAGAGAUCGGAUCUCGACAGCAAGACCUUCCCGAACCAGUAACAGACUGGAUUGGUGGAUUUGGUAUUCUUCGGAAGCAAAGGGUGAAGCGAGCGAUCCGUGUCGUAAAUAAGGAUCGCUACAAUAUGAUAACGGAAGAUAGUUCCAGAACGCCUUGGGGCCAAGCGGCGCGAAUAUUAAAAAAUAUAGUGCGCCGAGUCAAAGGCAAAAAAGAUAUCAAGUCGUCAGUGUGUAUUGCGCUUUACAAUUAA